UCGUGCAGGGAAUGGUUUGUGAAUAGAUAGGGAGUGGGCCGGGAGCCGGCGCGCGGCGGUACUCGCGGCAGAGGGCCGCCAUGUCGGGCGGGACGCGCGCUUGCCUGCUGCUGGCGGCGCUGCUCGCAGUGCUCUACUCAGGAUGGUGUUCAGAGGACGAAGAGCGCCUAGUGCGCGAUCUAUUCAGAGGAUACAACAAGCUCAUACGGCCGGUGCAAAACAUGACACAGAAGGUCGACGUGCGGUUUGGACUAGCCUUCGUCCAGCUUAUCAACGUUAACGAGAAGAAUCAAAUUAUGAAAUCGAAUGUGUGGCUACGUUUAGUAUGGAUGGAUUAUCAGCUGAUGUGGGACGAAGCUGACUACGGAGGCAUCGGCGUACUGCGACUACCCCCUGACAAAGUUUGGAAACCGGAUAUAGUGCUAUUCAACAACGCUGACGGCAACUACGAAGUGCGAUAUAAAUCUAACGUUCUCAUCUACCCUAACGGCGAAGUACUUUGGGUACCCCCUGCCAUAUACCAGAGUUCAUGCACUAUCGAUGUAACAUACUUCCCAUUCGAUCAACAAACGUGCAUCAUGAAAUUCGGAUCUUGGACUUUCAACGGCGACCAAGUAUCUCUCGCAUUAUAUAACAAUAAGAAUUUCGUGGAUCUGUCUGAUUACUGGAAAUCUGGAACAUGGGAUAUCAUAGAAGUGCCCGCGUAUUUGAACAUCUAUGAAGGAAACCAUCCUACUGAGACGGACAUUACAUUUUACAUUAUUAUAAGAAGGAAGACCUUAUUCUAUACUGUCAACUUGAUUCUGCCGACCGUGCUUAUCUCGUUCCUUUGUGUGUUGGUAUUCUAUCUUCCAGCUGAAGCUGGAGAAAAGGUCACACUGGGUAUCAGCAUCUUGCUGUCACUGGUUGUGUUCCUGCUCUUGGUAUCGAAAAUCCUUCCGCCGACCUCACUCGUGCUGCCGCUCAUUGCCAAGUACCUGCUGUUCACAUUCAUCAUGAACACCGUCAGUAUCCUCGUCACGGUCAUCAUCAUCAACUGGAACUUCAGAGGACCUAGAACUCAUCGCAUGCCCCUUUGGAUUCGAAGUGUAUUCUUGCACUACCUACCUGCCGCGCUGCUAAUGCGGCGUCCACGCAAAACCCGCCUACGUUGGAUGAUGGAGAUGCCCGGCAUGGGCGCACCGCCGCACGCCGCUGCCCCGCACGACCUGCCUAAGCACAUCAGUGAUAUCGGUGCAAACCAAAGCAAAAUGGAGGCGAUGGAGCUGUCUGAUUUGCAUCAUCCUAACUGCAAGAUUAAUCGGGCGGCUGGAGGCGGUGGUGAAAUGGGCGCUUUGGGCGGUUUAGGCGCGCUCGGCGGGCUCGGCCUUGGCGGGGAUAGACGGGAGUCAGAGAGCUCUGACUCCCUUCUUCUGUCUCCUGAAGCCGCCAAAGCAACUGAAGCGGUCGAAUUCAUCGCAGAGCAUUUAAGAAACGAAGAUCUUUACAUUCAGACGCGCGAGGAUUGGAAGUACGUCGCCAUGGUGAUCGAUAGAUUGCAGCUGUACAUCUUCUUCAUCGUGACCACUGCUGGAACUGUCGGCAUCUUGAUGGAUGCACCACACAUCUUUGAAUACGUUGACCAAGACCGUAUUAUCGAAAUAUACCGGGGGAAGUAAAUACGAACUGCGAGAAACAGCUAUAAUUAUACACUUUUUUUAGAGUUGCUUAGUAUUAGUCAACCCAGUUAAAAAUCUUCCAAAAGCAACUUACUUCUUCCUUUCAAAUAAUAAUGUAAGUAAUGAUACCAGUUACCUACCAGUACCUAUAACAGAUAUUGUUGAUUUGCAAAUUAAGUCCAAACAAUGCUCAGUUUUAUUUUUUAUGCAAAUGAAGUAUUAAAGAUACUUAUAUUUUUAGGCACUCCAGCUUUUUUAAUAUAAUUGUCAGUAAUGAAAUAGUUAUUUGUGCAACAAGAGAGGAAAGUUGGUUUUUCUUGCGAGUGUUUAUUUUGAGUACCGAGAAAGCGAAAGAUUCUAUAAUUGAAUCACGAACGAAGCGAGUACAAGCCUACUUUCGUCACUCCAGGGAGUGACGACAGUAGGCUUGUUCGAGCUGCUGAGAUGAAAAAAAAAUUGUACUUACACAUGCUUCCAAUACGUAAUCUACAUACCUACCGAUUAUCAUUAAAUUGGCCAAGUUAAUUAGCAGUCAAUAAAUGUGGUUAAUUAAUUAGCAAGCUUAGUCACUUAGACAAAGAAAAUUGUAUGCAGAACAAUGAGUACAAAUAUUGAACUCCUAUUUUCGAGUAUGUAUGUAUUGCUUUGACAGUAGGUACCUAUGUUUUACAUAUAAUAUUUCUUAAUGUAAUUGUAGUGGCAAACGCUGCGCAUUCUCUUACGAGUAAGCUUUCAUUUCGUCCUGCCUUAGGUAUCCAUGGAAAUAACAAGCUUGAAUACCUACUAGGCCGCAGCAAGCAAUGUGCAGAAGAGUAGAUAAAGCCGCAAAAGCUUUCUGCGGCGUAUGAUGGGCAUGUAGCUACAUGGGUUUGAUAAUCCUUGUAUGAAAAGGUGGAUAAUCAGCAACACGUUACCUACGCUGCGUAUAGCGUAUACCUAAUAAGAGUAUAAGUAAUAACUGAACUCACAUGGUUUUAUGCCUAUUUGCGAGCAGACCGUUUGCCGCAGUGGGCAUUCUUAAUAGGUAGUCCAGCAAUGUCAAUCUAGAGCUUCAAAACGAAUUAGGAGCCAGAAGUUUAAGUAAACAUUAAAGCACUUAGUUCAUAUUUACUUAGCUAUUAGUUCAAUUAAGAUUAUAAUAGGGUAUUACAAUAAAUUAAUAGAAAUUAAAAUGGCUGUGUUCGAAGUUUACCUAGCGUAAAAGCACAAUACUGUUUCGACAUAAGUUUGUAUUUUGACAUGUAAUUAAUUAGGGACAAGGUAAUAGCGUGGUAAUUUUAAUCAUAGUCUUAAGAACUUUAUCAUUAAAAUGUACCUACUAUUUUAUUUUGUUAAAUGCUAUGCUCUUUAUUUUACAAGUUAAUUCUGGAGAUUAUUAGGUUAAGAAAAAAAUAUAGUUGAAAACAAAAACAAUUUUUCCUCAAACUUGCAAUGAAAUUACUUCCAAAUUAGGUCCUGAAAUACUACGUAUCCGGUGCGAUGAGUGAAAAUAAUAUGCAAAGGAAUUUCAUCCAGCCUUAGCAACCUUCUUUUGUUUUAAACGUCAAAUUGUGACACAACGUAAUUUAACGUAUUGGCAUUCAAAAUAAAACCUAUAUUUUUGGUUCGUUAUGACAUUCUGCCAUUACGCUUUUUUUUAUUUUUUUUUUAUUUUAAGGGGAACGAAAAUUUUAUUAUUUUUGCGCUACGACGCAUGGUUUAGGAGAUAAAGAUUUCUGCGUUACUAAAUAAGUUCAUGGUGAAAAAAAAAAAGAUCUUUAUAGGGCUGUAUAUCCUAAACCGUGCGUCGUAGCGCAAAAAUAAUAAAAAAUUUGUUCCCCUUCAAUACCCCACGCGCUGAAUAACCUAUGUCCAGGACAUAAAAACAAUCAUCAUUAUCAUCAUAUUUUUAUUUCAUUGCAAGUUUGAGAAAAUCACUAUACAAAUCUCGGCGAGAAACGGGGUUGCCGGCUGCGUAUCCCAAUCGUUUCCUGGCCUUAUACCUAUAGUAAUGUACUAUUGCUGCUUACCUAUUUAGUUAAGAGCUUUCCCAGAGAUGAAAAGCCAUAUAUUUACUGUUAUAAUUUCUUAAUAUAAUUAGAAAUAAUGUUCAAGCAAGUAAACUUGAAACAUAAACAUAGUUGGGCAAAAAUGUAUAUCGACUGGGGUCUCCUAUAGAGUAAGACAAUCUCAUAUUUAGCGUUAUAAUAGAUGUUUCUGAAGAAGUUUUUGUUUUUAUCAUUAGAGAUAUUUAAUUAGAAUACGUUCUUACUGUAGCUAAGAAAUGAGCUAGUAUCAUCGUUAAAUCAAAAUCUCGAUUUGGGCUUGUAAGAUCCUGGUUUUGAGCCGGAAUCUAUGGCAUAAUUAAGUUAUUUGUAACUCGGCCUAUAGCACUAACUAUACUUACGCACUUACUGUAAAAUAUCUUGUCCAUUCAUUACUUUUAUAUCCAUGUUGUUUUAAUAAAUUUUUACGUGCGGAA